AUGGCCUCCCUCUCUCCCUUGUCAAGACUGUCGCCGGUUGACCAGUCACUUUUCUAUUCGUACGGUGUUGGUCGUCCCCGCUCCACUAUCAUACCUAUAAUUCACCAUGCAAUUGAGAAGCAUGCUCGUCAGCAACCGGAUGCCAUCGCUGUCGAACACCUUUCUUGCAAAGAGACCCUCACAUUCCGAGAAUUGGAGGCACACUCUAAUCGACUAGCACAUGCCUUGCGCUCUCAGGGAGUAGGGCCAGGGAGACGCGUAUGUAUAUUAGCAAGAAGGUCUUUAGAGCUGAUCGUUGGGAUUGUUGGAAUUUUGAAAAGCGGCGCACAGUACGUUCCGCUCGAUGCACAAACCAUUACGGACGAAACCUUGAGAUUCGUUCUUGAGGACUCCAAGCCCAGCAUUGUGCUGGUUAUGGCAGACUAUUCUCACCGCGUCCAUGGCACAUCAUCAAUCAUCCUGGAAUCCAUUUUUCGACCUUACCGUUUGUUGUACGAAGAAGUGGACCCGGUCGAAGAUUUAUCCUCACCAGACGAUGGAGCGUAUAUAAUAUACACCUCAGGAACAACAGGACGUCCAAAAGGUGUUGAUGUGAGGCAUAGAGGGGUAACGAAUGUCAUUAGUGGACCCCCGGGAAACGUAGGCAUGGAGCCCGGGAUGCGAGUUGCUCAGCUGCUCAAUAUCGCAUUCGAUAUGGGUGCCUGGGAAAUUCUUGGCUCACUUUACAAUGGAUGCACCCUAUGUUUACGAGGAAAUACAUCGAAAGAAUGGGCGGCUCUUUUGAAAACUGUUCAUGUCGUAAUUGCUACUCCAAGCAUGCUUGCUCCUCACGAGCCAGAGAAUUACCCUACUAUCCGUCACGUUAUUGUUGGCGGAGAGCCAUGUCCUCAAGCGCUGGCUGAUAAAUGGGCUCAAUACACCAAUUUUAACAACUGCUGCGGCCCAACGGAAAUUUCGAUCUGUAACACAGUACAGCGUCAUACUCCAGGAUACCCACUUUCCAUUGGAACCCCCAUUCCAAACACCAAUGUAUACAUCCUCUCACGGGAUCCGACUAGCACGACCCCUGUUCCAAUCGGAGAUGUUGGAUGCAUGUGGGUUGGGGGAAUCGGCGUCUCUAAAGGCUAUCUCAAUCUUCCCGAUAAAACCGCUGAGCGCUGGCGUAUAGAUCCAUUUGUGGGAGGUGGAACAGGGAUGAUGUUCAACACGGGUGACCUGGGACGCUGGAGGCGGGACGGUCAAUUGGACCAUAUGGGACGUCAAGAUGACCAGGUGAAAGUUAAGGGCUUUCGAGUCGAACUUGAUGGCGUCUCUGCGUCAAUGCGUACGCUCCCCACUGUCAAAAGUGCGGUUACGCUUCUUAUCGAAUCAGAGCUCUGGGGGUUCGUUACGCCUGCCACUGUUGACCUUGAUCUUCUUCGAGCGGCAGUUGCACGAAGUCAGCCUUCAUAUGCGGUGCCAAAACAUUACUAUGCACUUGAAGACUUUCCUUUGACAUCUAACGGAAAAGUGGAUAAAAGGAUCCUUCGUUCCCUGGUGCAAGGCCAAGCACAGCAGAUCACCAGACCAACUCUUCACCACUAUUCCUCAUGGUCCUCCGAUGUUGGUGCGACACAGCUCAGUGAGAAGACACGGUAUUGGUACAAAGAAUCAGCUUGGUGGAGGUGGCUGGGUGUGGCCAUGAUGUUACUAAUUAUGUGGUUUUUAUUGACUGGAGCUGGUUCGCCUUCUGGUUUCUGA